GAAGGACCUAGGGCUGCAGGGGGACGUUUCACCUGAAGGACUGCCUCGUUUCAACAACAACUUUAUGGCUCCCGGAAGUGCCUCUUCCCCGUCCCCUUCCUUUCCAGCCUCACGCCCGUGGGCUGCAGUUGGAACGAUGGCGGCGGCAGCUGCCGCCGGGCCUAGCCCGGGGUCUGGACCUGGAGACUCCCCAGAAGGGCCCGAGGGGGAGGCCCCGGAGCGUCGGCGGAAGGCGCACGGGAUGCUGAAGCUUUACUACGGCCUCUCGGAAGGGGAGGCAGCGGGACGCCCCGCGGGGCCCGACCCCCUGGACCCGACUGAUCUGAACGGGGCGCACUUCGACCCGGAAGUUUACCUAGACAAGCUGCGUAGAGAGUGCCCUCUGGCCCAGCUGAUGGACAGUGAGACGGACAUGGUGCGGCAGAUCCGGGCUCUAGACAGCGACAUGCAGACCCUGGUCUAUGAGAACUACAACAAGUUCAUCUCAGCCACAGACACCAUCCGGAAGAUGAAGAACGAUUUCCGGAAGAUGGAGGAUGAGAUGGACCGGCUGGCCACCAACAUGGCAGUGAUCACCGACUUCAGCGCUCGCAUCAGCGCCACGCUGCAGGACCGCCACGAGCGCAUCACCAAGCUGGCAGGGGUCCAUGCGCUGCUGCGGAAGCUGCAGUUCCUCUUUGAGCUGCCCUCGCGCCUCACCAAGUGCGUGGAACUGGGCGCCUACGGGCAGGCGGUGCGCUACCAGGGCCGCGCGCAGGCCGUGCUGCAGCAGUACCAACACCUGCCCUCGUUCCGCGCCAUCCAGGACGACUGCCAGGUCAUUACGGCCCGUCUGGCCCAGCAGCUGCGGCAGCGCUUCAGGGAGGGCGGCUCAGGCGCCCCGGAGCAGGCAGAGUGCGUGGAGCUGCUGCUGGCCCUGGGCGAGCCUGCGGAGGAGCUGUGCGAGGAGUUCCUGGCGCACGCCCGCGGCCGGCUGGAGAAGGAGCUGAGAAGCCUGGAGGCCGAGCUGGGGCCCUCGCCUCCGGCUCCCGACGUGUUAGAGUUCACCGACCGUGGAGGCAGUGGCUUCGUGGGCGGCCUCUGCCAGGUGGCGGCGGCCUACCAGGAGCUGUUUGCGGCCCAGGGCCCAGCAGGUGCCGAGAAGCUGGCGGCCUUCGCCCGGGAGCUGGGCAGCCGCUAUUUUGCGCUGGUGGAGCGGCGGCUGGCGCAGGAGCAGGGUGGUGGUGACAACUCACUGCUGGUGCGGGCGCUGGACCGCUUCCACCGGCGCUUGCGGGCUCCUGGGGCCCUGUUGGCCGCUGCCGGGCUCGCAGACGCUGCCACGGAGAUCGUGGAACGAGUGGCCCGCGAGCGCCUGGGCCACCACCUGCAGGGUCUCCGGGCGGCCUUCCUGGGCUGCCUGACUGACGUCCGCCAGGCGCUGGCAGCGCCUCGCGUGGCUGGGAAGGAGGGCCCUGGCCUGGCCGAGUUGCUGGCUAACGUGGCCAGCUCCAUCCUGAGCCACAUUAAGGCCUCUCUGGCAGCAGUGCACCUUUUCACCGCCAAAGAGGUGUCCUUCUCCAACAAGCCCUACUUCCGGGGUGAGUUCUGCAGUCAGGGUGUCCAUGAGGGCCUCAUCGUGGGCUUCAUCCGCUCUAUGUGCCAGACGGCUCAGAGCUUCUGCGACAGCCCUGGGGAGAAGGGGGGUGCCACACCACCUGCCUUGCUCCUGCUGCUCUCCCGCCUCUGCCUGGACUACGAGACGGCCACCAUCUCCUACAUCCUCACUCUCACUGAUGAACAGUUUCUGGUGCAGGAUCAGUUCCCAGUGACGCCCGUGAGCACACUGUGUGCAGAGGCCAGGGAAACGGCGCGGCGACUGCUGACCCACUACGUGAAGGUGCAGGGCCUGGUCAUAUCACAGAUGCUGCGCAAAAGCGUGGAAACUCGCGACUGGCUCAGCACUCUGGAGCCCCGGAAUGUGCGGGCUGUCAUGAAGCGGGUGGUGGAGGAUACCACCGCCAUCGACGUGCAGGUGGGGCUCCUGUACGAAGAGGGUGUUCGCAAGGCCCAGAGCAGCGACUCCAGCAAGAGGACCUUCUCCGUGUACAGCAGCUCUCGGCAGCAGGGCCGCUACGCCCCCAGCUAUACCCCCAGUGCCCCGAUGGACACCAACCUCUUGAGCAAUAUCCAGAAGCUAUUCUCUGAACGUAUUGAUGUGUUCAGCCCUGUGGAGUUCAACAAGACUUUCUGCCUCAUCCCAGCUAUUUCCAUCGUAUGUCUCCCGGGCCCCUGCUUGGAACUUGGGUGCCCCCCCCAACACCUGCUGUCCCCAAGCUGCAUCCCUGUGUCCCUGCGUGCAGGUGUCGGUGCUGACUGGCAUCAUCAAGAUCAGCCUGAAGACGCUGCUGGAGUGUGUGCGGCUGCGCACCUUUGGGCGCUUCGGGCUGCAGCAGGUGCAAGUGGACUGCCACUUUCUGCAGCUCUACCUGUGGCGUUUUGUGGCCGACGAAGAACUCGUGCACUUGCUGCUAGACGAAGUGGUGGCCUCGGCUGCCCUGCGCUGCCCAGACCCUGUGCCCAUGGAGCCUAGUGUGGUCGAGGUCAUCUGCGAGCGCGGCUAGGCGCAGCCGCUGCUAUGCACCGGCCUGUCCCGGCACCCCAUGGCACCCAGGCUCUGGUCUCGGUGGUCCUUCCCCGCAGGCAGGUGUCAGGACCCGCCUAAUAAACAUGUGUGGCCUCCC